AUGAGACCUAAUAGAACAUGGAUGUUACAAAGAAACGAUCAAUCUGGCAUGAUAAGUGGAGAAUUUAGAGAUGGAGUUGAUGAUUUCAUUCGAAUAGCUACUAGAGACCUAACAAUUCCAGAUGUAACAGGAUGCAUUCCUUGUCCUUGUACAAGGUGUAGAAAUCGUUAUUGGGAGACAUCAUUUAAUGUGGAGAAACAUUUGUAUCAUCAUGGAUUUGUUGAUGGUUAUGUAAAUUGGACUCUUCAUGGUGAGAAGAAAUGGGAAGAUAAGUCAUCAACAUCUGUCAUCCAAGAUUUUAUUGAUGAGAGCAAAAGGCCAUAUGUAGAUAUGAUUAUUGAUGCUUCUUUGGGUAGAAUCAAUUCUGAAGUGGAAGAAGAUCCAAAUCCUUCAGCUGCAAAGUUUUACAACUUAUUAAGGGAUGUUGAUGAACCUUUAUGGGAUGGUUGCAAAAAACAUUCAAAAUUGUCAGCUACAACACAACUCCUAAACUUGAAGUCAGAGUUUAGCAUGAGUGUAAAUUGUUAUGAUCGAAUGAUUUCCAUAAUUAAAAGCAUGCUUCCAGAGUCAGAAAGGUUGCCUGAAAAUUUGUGUAGAUCAAAGAAAAUGGUUAGUGAGUUGGGAUUAGGAUAUGAGAAGAUAGAUGCAUGUCCUAAUCAUUGCAUGUUGUAUUACAAGGAAAAUAGUGACAAGAAGGUUUGUUCGAUUUGUAAAGAACCACGAUUUAAGAUGAAGACAUCUACAAAUAAGAAGGAUGUUCCUUGCUCGAUAUUGAGAUAUUUUCCCCUUGUUCCAAGACUUCAACGCCUACACAUGUCUAAGAAUACUUCAAAAUACAUGCGUUGGCAUGUAGAUGGAGUACGUCAAGAUGAAUCAGUGAUGACACAUCCAUCUGAUGCAGAGGCUUGGAAGCAAUUUAAUCGUACACAUCCUACAUUCUCACAAGAUUCUCGGAAUGUUAGGCUUGGGCUUUGCACAGAUGGUUUUAAUCCAUUUAGCAAUACAGGUACCCCAUAUUCAUGUUGGCCUGUUUUUGUCACACCGUAUAAUCUUCCACCAAGUAUGUGUAUGAAAAAGGAAUACAUAUUUCUUACACUUGUGAUUCCUGGACCAAAGUCACCUGGUAAAAGUUUAGAUGUGUAUCUCCGACCUCUAGUUGAUGAAUUAAAGAUGUUAUGGGAUAUUGGGGUAAACACUUUUGAUACAUGGAAAAAACAAAAUUUCAUUAUGAAAGCAGCAUUGUUAUGGACAAUAAAUGAUUUUCCAGCAUAUGGAAUGUUGUCCGGGUGGAGCACUCAUAGGAGACUUGCUUGUCCAUAUUGUAUGGAGAAUAGUAAAUCAUUUGGUUUGAAGUAUGGUAGAAAGCCUUGUUGGUUUGAUUGUCAUCAUCAACAUUUGCCUAUUGAUCAUCCUUUUCGUCAUGAUCGAUACUCUUUUAAGAAGUCUGUAGUAGAAAACUCUUUACCUCCAGAACACUUGAGUGGUAUAGAUAUCUUAAACAGAGUGAAUCAACUUCAAGAAAUUAACUUUUGCUUGUAA